AUGGAUGAACAUCCCGACAGUGCUCUACACUAUGGGCACGUAGGAAGAGCUAUCUACCUUCCCGAGACACAGACCUGGACAUUCUCGCGCUCGUUCGCCCGACCGCCCUCAAUCUCAUAUACUGGAGUGACGAAGACAACUGUGCGGGCACCCACUCGCACCUCCCAGCCGCAAACAUCGGUGAAGCCGUUUCGAACGGCAGAUCAGCAACUCAUUCCACGAGUGCUUCCUGAUCUUGCUUCUCACUGGUCCUCUAUUCGAGACGAUGGCCUUUCUAAAAUCAUUACGACCGUAACCGACAUCUAUGACCCUCAGGUCUCUUCGCUUCUCGAUUUAGGGUAUGCGACACAUCAUGGCACGGAAGAUACGAGGGCUCGCGGGCCGGUCGCCAUCGCGGCAUCGGUGACUGGGGAGUGCGGCAAUAUUGUUUCUUUUCGAGCAUUGACAGAUGAUACUGCGGAGUUACCAACCGAAGGCUCUGCAUUGCGAGGGCCAUCUAUUGGUCAAUCUGAGGUGACCGAAUGGUCCAAGCGUGGAGCCCCCAUUCAGCAGAUUUGCUUUGCGCGCCCGCUAGAGGAGAAGCCUGUGUGGAUGGCUGCACGCCUGCAAGAGGCGACCACGAUAUUCCGACCUUUGUAUCAUCUAGAUCCUGUGCCUAUGCACAUCGCAGAUGACGAUACAGCCGCAUUCUCUGUACCGCUUCGAAAUUCCCGACUCGAUGCGAAUCCCGUGGUGGACAUAUCAAAUUCGCAUACAGGCGGCUUCUCGCACGCCGAUGUGGCUUUCAACCCAUGGUAUCCGAGACAGCUUGCCAUUGUCGACACGAGAGGUAACUGGAGCGUUUGGGAAAUAUCCGGUCGACAACGACGACGAAGGGCUAACUGGGCUGCCACGUGCGUGAAGAAAGGCGAAUUGCCAGAGACAGUUGAUAAGCCAGAUGCCAACCGCCCGCGGCAUGAUGGAUGGGCAUCUAUUGAAUGGGUUGCCGACUUCUCAACUCUUUUGGUCUCCGAUCGUCGCUGUCUUAUGCUCUACCAGCUAUCGGAGGGCGUGUGUCAAAGCAGCGCUGUCGAGAUUGGCAUGACGAGACAGUCUGAGUGGAUUCUGGAUGUGCAACGAAGCGCGCAGAAUGUGGCUCACUUUUUUGUCCUGACCACAUCUCGACUGGUCUGGUUUGAUGUCACCACGGCGCCACCGAAUGAACAUGGAUUGAGGCCUUCUCUACGUCCUCGCCUAGCCUGGCGCCAUUUUCGAGACCCUGAGGACACAACGUUGCGUCUGAGCGACCUGCCGAUUAAUGGAGACUUGCAUCUGGUCCUCUACUCGAAGCUUACCGAACUUGUUCAGGUCUUUCCAUGUCCUUUCAUCGCAGAUGAACAAGCUGAAGCGAUCUCCAUACCUGAACCAUUCAUGCUAGAUGUGCCAUCAGAAGUCAAUGAGUCCCCUACCGAGAUAGGCACCCCGGUCCAUUACUCGACAUUCAUAUUUCGAGAAAUCGGACACUCCCCUCCUCCCGUGGGCAAGACAUACUACAACCCUGACAUGAAGCUCACCAAGCUAUUCUGGAUUGACUCAUCACUCGGCGUCCAUGAGAGCCUGUUUAGGCUCCCAGACGAAACGCCCGAGCAAGAGGAUAACGUGCACCUUGAGUCUAGUAAUAUCCUGCGUCUGAAGAAGCGGCACCAUGCACAUAGAAAGAACAUCGAGGUGGACGAUGAAAACUUCGUCGUGGAUGACUGGGAUGAGACCGUCGCACCUCCACGUGCGGCUCUUCACCAGAACCUCUCCAGCGAUUCCGACUUGGAUCUCCAGUGGACCUUGGAUUGGACAUCUAUAUAUGCGUUAGCCGUGGCAAACCUGGCAGCUGGUAGGAGUCCUGAUAACCCUGGUCCGUCAGGUUCUACAUUUGACCAGCUUAUCGCGACCCGAGAGGGAGACAUGGUCGACAACUCGAAGGACUGGAUAGCAAGUGAAACAAUGCUUGAGCUGAGCCAAGGUCGACCCGUGAUGGAGGAUAUUGAUGACACUGCCCAUAAUCUAACGCGUCUGGUCUCAACCGUCUUGUCCGAGCCUCCUGUUGGGGAGGCUCACUGCCGAUACAUCAUUUUGCCACUGAAAUUCUCCCCUGUCUUGCAUGCCAUGCCCCCCAUCUCCUCAGACGAACAAUCGAGUUUGGAUUUUGUGAAUCUCUACGACAGAUUGGUUCAUGAGUGGGUGACCAGUCUUUCUCACGAUAUCCCUCGGUUCACAUGUGUCAUGAAAGAGAGAGUCAUUCGUGGUAUCGCUCUUGAUAUACUUCUAUCAAGACUCAUCCGCAUAUCAAACACACCUAGCUCUAAAGACCUGCCACAAACGGUAGAAGCCACAGAUGAGCAUCGGACCGAGAGAGAGGAGUCAAUAUUCUCACAGACAUCCAGCCUGCAUUUGCCGUCCUCUCAACCCCCCAGCAGUCAGAUCAUAGUCACAGGAGAACCUACUUCCCAGGGACCAUCGAGUAAUACCUCGAAGGAUCCCACCAUCGCGGCCUAUAAUGGUCUAUCUACAUUUACUACAUUUAAAAAGCCCCGCACCAUGCCGCGGAAUGUGGCCAACUUACUGUCCCACUGGGAACUCGGUGCUGAUCCAUCGACAUAUGAAUGGCAGAAAACCUCGCAGAUGCUCGAGGAAGAAGAGGCACAACGCAGUGCCGGGCCGAGCACACCCAGGAGGCAACGGUCACGAAGGAAACCCCAGCAGACGGCCCAGCCCGAGGCCUCAUCCCUUCCACCCACCCGCGUCGCACCCCCCAUCCGAACCUGGGGCAGUCAGCCCGACAACAUCCUGCCCGCGCUGCCACUCCCUAGCAGCCAACCGACUGUGGACGAGGUGCCGAUGACCCAGAUGGAACGCGGGCAGUUUGGAGCACGCGAGGCGAAGAAGAGCCUGAAAGUCAGGAAGAAGCGGCGCGCCGCGGGAUUUUAG